AAGUUUGCCAUAUCUAUUCCUUCUUCUCUAAUCUUCUAUUCUUUCCUAAUCUUUCUCUGCUGAGACAUUGUUCAUUUUCAAUGGAGAACAAUAGUAAGAUUCUGAUAAUUGGAGCAACAGGGUUCGUCGGAAAAUUCAUGGUGGAAGCAAGUGUUAAAGCUGGUCACUCCACCUUUGCCCUGGUUCGAGAGUCCACUCUUUCUGAUUCAUCAAAAUCAUCCAUCAUUCAAACAUUCAAAACCUUGGGUGUCAACCUGCUUUUGGGAGAUAUUAAUGACCACCAGAGUUUGGUUAAGGCGAUAAAGAAGGUGGAUGUGGUGAUAUCUAUGGUGAGUCACAGGCAGUUACAAGAUCAAUAUAACAUCAUUUCUGCUAUUAAGGAAGCCGGAAAUGUUAAGAGGUUCUUUCCUUCGGAGUUUGGAAAUGAUGUGGAUCAAACUCAUACUGUAAAUGAAGGACAAGAGCUGUUUGACAGAAAAGCUAAACUUCGUCGAACCAUCGAGGCUGAAGGAAUUCCUCAUACCUAUGUUGCGGCUAACUUUUUCACUGGACACUUCCUACCCACUUUGUCAGAACUUCAUAGGAUAAAAACACCACUUGAUAAGGUUGUUAUUCUUGGGGACGGAAACAUCAAAGUUGUUCUUAAUACGGAAGAAGAUGUUGCCACUUACACCAUUAGAAGUGUUGAUGAUCCAAGAACCUUGAACAAAAUUCUCUAUGUCGGACCACCAGGUAACACCUUGUCGUACAAUGAUCUGGUAUCUCUCUGGGAGAAGCAUCACUAUGAAACUCUUAAAAGAGUCUAUGUCUCGGAAGAGNUAUUUAAAAGAAGAAACAUGAUAAGGGAGCAAGGCAACCUAUUUAUAUAUAAAGACUCCAUUUGCCCGCUCUUCAUAACAAAUUAA